AUGGACUGUAAAGUUUCCGUCCGAAGGUAUGUCCUAAUUAAACAACCGUCAAGAUGGCACCGGAGGGGCGACCGAGUUGUGGUCCAGUCGCCUAUGCUUGAAUUGUCCAACAAUGUCUCAGAAGUUUUGGUUAAACGCUUCAAUGGACUAGAGCAGAACGAGGUUUGCCUCAUCCCGAAGACAGACAUCGAGAAAGAUUCAACAGACAUCUAUGAAAAGUCGCAAGUCAGUAGAGCAACUUUCUCCGUCAACGCUCACGGUGUUGCCCUGUUCCAAAGCACUUCUCACGACGACUUCCAGUACAAAGUUGGACACAGAUUCUGGAUCGCUAUAGAUGCCACCUACCGUUGCGAAGACACCGUACCUGUCAUCAAUCUACAUACGUACCAAAGCGGAGUCGUCCGGAUAGAUCAGGUAUGCUGGUAUCCCAAGAUUCGCGGGCCUGAUGGGGAAUUGUGGACGCUGGGAGGAGUCGCCCGACACCUACGGCUCGGAGGUCGUACUAAACUCUCUACUUGGUCUUUGGUGAUUUGCCAGCACUUGGAUGGCUCACAAUCAAUGAUUAAGAAUGUUGUGAUUCCCACGAAAGAUGUUGCAAUGGCGGACCGGUCGUUACUUACGCUACAAGAGUCGCAGGCCCUGUUUGAGCGACGAUAUCGUUGUAUGCUUGAUGGCUUUGAAAAUAUCGAUACAGGUGGCUCUGGCAUGCCGCCAAGUCCGCCAGCCUCUCCAGAUGUCCAGCAUGCUCAGAAAGCACUCGAAGAGACACUAAAGAUAGCUUCAAGCCCGACGUCUGUUUCGACAUCGAUUAAUCUGCCUGUAUGGCAAAGAAUUCUCGCCUACGCCAUUCAAGGGCAAAAGAGGACAAGAGCACCUUAUGUUCUGAGAAACAGUACAAUCCAUACACAUAGACCUCAACAUCAGAUUGACAGAACCUCAGCAAUUCCAGUGGACGUCGUUGAUAGCGUAGACGACGAUUCGAGUGAGGAUUUGAUAUCGCUCUCCGACACAAGAAGCUUCACGCCUUCGCUAGCUGCUGUCGAAGACGAGCAGUUGUCCAGCAAAGACGCUGAGAUAUUUGAUGUUGAUGCGACGAUGAUGAAUGCCACACCUGAUAUCAGCAAGUGGCAUAAGGACAACCUGUCUCGACACAAUCAUUUACUAGACAACCUCUGCGACGCAAAGGUUCCGAAUUGCCCAUACAUCACGAUAUCUACAUCAAAACACUUCCACCCGCCUCCGGAGAAGUGCCGAACUCGUGUACCGACUGUUAUGUGGGAUUACAGCUUCCCAGACUCAGAUCCCGAACCCCGACCUCCUACUCACGAACAUUGUGUCACAAGGCUAGGACCUUAUCCCGCUACGGGAGGCGACUGUCUUCUAGCCAACUCGCUCAAGACUCCAUCUCACACAUGCUGCGUAUGGCACUCCAGGGAUCUCGUGGGUAUAUCUAUUGCUCCAGACCAUGGAUUUAACAAUGUCAAACUUGAUGAAGCAAGAAGGAAGAGACUCAAGAUCUAUGACACCAGUUCGAGAGUCAAGCUCCAGAUUACGGCUGGAUUCGAUGUCGAAGAUGAUGAAGGAGAAUAUUUGACCGAGGAAGCCAAAGCCAUAGAGGAUCAAACGUGA